AUGGCCUGGAAAGUGACCGCUUCAGAUACGGUGGAACGUUCGCUUCGACGAGGAAACGAUGCUGAAAGCGAAAUAGUGUUGCGAAUCGUGGUGUUGAUGUCCAUUCAGUUAGGUCCUGAAUACGGUUCUGAUAUGACCGGCAUUGUCAGCUUGAUGAGAACCAUUCUGAUUGAUUCGAAAGCAUCUCUUGCUGUGCGUUGUGCUUGUGCAACGGCACUGGCGAUAUGCAUUUUUAAUGGCGAGUUUGAAAGAGAGGUCAAUUUGCAAGCGCUCGAUGCGCUUUCGUCGGUGUGCUUAUCCGCUAAAAGUCGUUGGGCUGCCAACACUGCUUCGUUGUUCUGCGCUUCCAUAAACGCAUGGGCCUUUCUGCUGUUAAAAGCCAGUUCGCAUUAUCUACAAGAAACACUGAAGCAGGAUAUCGCUCGAGUCUGUGCCUAUCUGGAAAAUAGCCAGCUCGAGGUUCGCAUCGUUGCUGGUGAGACUCUGGCACUGUUGUAUGAAAUGGCGCGCGAUGUGUACGGUGAAGACUUUCGACCAGCGAACCAUCGAAGCACGUUACUGGAGCUUCAGAACAUGUCCACUGACUCAGUGAAGUAUCGCGCUAAGAGAGAUCGUCGGUUACAGCGAGCCAGUUUCCGGGAAAUUAUGUCAGGGAUCAAGGUAGACGGCGGAAUUCUGUUUAAGAUUGAUAUGUGUCAGGCGCUUAAUUAUUUUUUACCUCAAGACUGGUAG